CAUCGUCUUCAUGAUCCUGUACGAACCCCAUAUAUGGCUCAGCAACAGCUACAAUCUAACCCCACCAGCGCAAUGAUCAUCUCCAUCAUCAUCACCGCCCUCACCCAAUGCGCCAUCCUCACCCAAGCCGACGGCUACCGCGGGCUGAUCUCCCUCGACUGGCUCGUCAGUUUGGCCCAGUACGACCUCUUCGCCAUCAUCCUCCUCCCCAUCUGUCGCCGUCUGCACCAGCAGGCCAAAGCCACCAGCGCGUUUAUCCGCAUCGCCCAUUCCGUCGUCCUCGCCCUCCUCGCCAUCCUCCUCCUCUGCACCGUCGCCAUCCAGACCAAGAUCGUUGACGCUCUGUACGGCCCCUCCUGGGACUUUGAUAUCUACGACCUGCAGGACCAUGAGCACGCGCUCCGCACGGCGUUUUACGUCCUCCAGGUCCUGGCUAUGAUCAUGGCGUCGGGGAGUCUGGGUUUGGCCCUAAUGCGCGCUCCGCAUUUGCGGCAGGGGACCCUCGGCCUCGCCAUCGCAACCCUCAUCCCCUCCUCCCUCGGCCUCCCCCUCACCAAUCUGGGCGCGUACGUCGACGUCGUCUACCGCGACAUGUUCUCCGUCGAUGACUUUGAAUACACGGACCACUCACGCUUGGCCGGUCUCUUUAUGACAUCUUUCUUCUACGCGUGUGCGUUUCUGGCUGCCCUGGUGGUGGUCGGGUCGGAUCGGGUCGAGGGCGACUCGUAUCGCGUGUCUACGCCGCCGCAGCAGCAGCAGGCUGAGGAUGAAGAUGGAAAUGGAGAGGGUGAUGGAAAUGGAGAGGGUCUGCCGGGGUAUCCGUUGAGGGAGGUGUAUCAGACUAAGGUUUAAGAGGGGGG